AUGGAGCGCGGCAGGUUGCUGGCCGGCCUGGCACUGGCCGCCCUGCUCUCCCGCGUGAGCCCCUUCCUGCAAUUCGUGGAGGAACUGGAGGACAAAGUGUUUCUGAAUUGCACCGGCAACAUUACGUGGCAGGAGGGCACGAUGGGGAGCCAGCUCCCGGACAACCAGACUCUGGACUUGGGAAAACGCGUCCUGGACCCUCGGGCAGUGUACCAGUGCAGAGGGGCGCAGGAAAACGGCGUCUCACACACCCUGCAAGUAUAUUAUCGAAUGUGCCAGAACUGCGUGGAGCUGGACCCCGCCACCCUGGCCGGCAUCAUUGUCACCGACGUCCUCGCCACCGUGCUCCUCGCUCUGGGAGUCUACUGCUUUGCUGGGCACGAGGCCGGAAGGCUCUCCAGGGCUGCUGACACUCAAGCUCUACUGAGGAACGACCAGCUCUACCAGCCCCUCAGAGACCGGAACAACGCUCAGUACAGCCACCUGGGAGACAACUGGCCUCGGAGCAGGUGA